ACUUAAUAAAACAUCUGAUUAGCUUAGAAUAAAAUCAUUUAUGGAUAUAACAUUAAACAGCAGAAUACUUUUUUCAAUUAAAAAAAAAUGAAUCCAAAGAUUGAAGUGGGCUUAAUGGGUACAUGGGCUUAAAUGCCAUGUUGCAAAUUACAUUUGACAAUAUAAUAUACAUACACCCCCUGUGGAUGGCAAAACACCCCCCAAAAAUUUGGGCUGCUAAAGAAAGAAAUGUGAAGCACAUGCGCUAGUAAGCAAUGCCCCCCUCAAGUGCAUGACGCAGCCUGUGAUUUUUACCUAAGACGUUCAUUCAGGUGAAGACUGGAGCUGACUGGGGACAACAUAUGGUGAAGAUGCCAGUUUUACAAACAAGUAACUAUUACUCCUAGGCCUGAAGUCCUAAAAUAAUUGUCUCUUAACGUGUUCAUGAUUUUUGUUGGUAAAAGGCGUGAACUUGGCACUGCUUGCUGGCUUCUGACUUAUUCAUGCUACUUUACUAGCAGCUGGCAAGCUGGAUCAGGCAGUUUUACAUUAAAUUAAAUGCUAUAUUUGCUAAACUAUCCAUCUGAUUGUUAAAGUUGAUAAAAUGCCAUUAGCUCGCUAGAUUGAAACUGCUGAAGGAAAGUUGACUAAUGUUACCCUAACUCCCACCAUCAGUCUGAGUUCACCACCUUAGCUAGCAAAGUAGACUGUAGCUAGGUUUCUAGAAAAUAACUAUAUUUGCCAUUCUGAACACUUUUUGUCAAACUGCAGUACUUCGUUCCCCUGCCUGUUUAUUGAUGCACUGGUGACUGAAGAAGUAGGCAAGAAAAAUGCUCCUCUUGAUUUCACUGCAAAUAGGCUGUGUUGUUUUGUGCACAUUUACAUUAGUUAAUUAAGUUACCGACUGACUAGUCUAAUUCAUGUUUUUGGUGGUGUUUCAUUUCAGAUGAAGAGGGAGUUAGAUCACUAGAAAAUCAGCAUGCAGUCAGACCAGGGUCUCGUUCGUAUUCCAAAGCAUCUCAGAUUAGAAAUACUGAUUUUAAGAUAAUUUUUGCCUUUAUCGCAAUUAGUGAUUACAUUGACAGGGGGAACUGGUCCAAGAUUACUUUUCCUACUUUGAAGGCGCUUUGUGAAUACGGGCCCGGGAAGAAAGCUGUUGCCCAAUACCACUCUUUCACCACAGGACCCUAGAGGCCCAGUCGCACACAGGUGAUUCAUACAUCUUUACUUUUCCAGGAUUUUCAUGACUGUACAAACCUUGUUUGCUGACCCAAGACUUGCUAUAACUGGGAGCCUGUAUAUUGAAGCAUGGAAGAGAACCUGAUGACACAGGAUGAUCCCGCUGAAAGCCAUGAUGACAUUGUGGAGGCUGAGGAAGAAAAGGAAUCCACAAAGGACCACACAGACCAGAUGGCAGGUCAAACUUCUGUGUUGCCAUGUAGUGACCAAUGUGACCCUGAUGAAACAUCUGAAGAGUCGGGUAGUUACAAGACAGACAGAAAAGCAUCUAUGAAGUCCCCAUGUAAAAUACAGCAGGGUGCAGUCUUCUCUGGGAAAAUACUUAGCUUUGGGUGUUCAGAGUGUAAGGGUGAAGCUACCUACAGCCCCAAUGACCUCCUCAAACAUUUUCAGGUGGCCCACAAGGGAACCCUGCCGACGUAUCCGUGUGACUUGUGUGGCUUUGCCACAAAUGAGUUCCCUGCACUUCAGCGCCAUCGGAUUGGGCACAGGAACACUUUGGUCACAUGCGAGAUCUGUAAUGAUGAUGUACAGUACUCUCUCCUCCUGCUCACUAGACACUAUAUCAUGUCUCACAGCCAGAAUGGCCACUUUCACUGUGAAAAAUGUGAAUUUUCAACAGUUGACGCAGGAACAUUUGUGCAGCACAUCCAUCAUCACAAUGAGAGCCAGCUCAAAUGUAUGAAAUGUCAACAUGUGAGCUCUAACCGAGGUGAGCACCAGAGGCACCUAAAACUCUACUCGGGUACCUUCCCCCUCACGUGUCUGGUCUGUGGAUAUGGGGCAGCACGGAGAGAAUACCUCACAAAGCACAUGGUAACUGUCCAUGGUGAGGAGGCAGACAAUAAAAAUGUAUGGAGAGCAACGGAGGACAGCAACAAUACCCUGGUAAACUCCUCUCCAGGAUUAAAACUCCUGCUGAAGAAAAGUCUUGCUGCAGGUGGUCAAUCAAAGGAAUCCCAGUGGAUGUCAAAACUGAAUUCUCUUCCUGGAGUGGGUUUACAUAACCAAAAUGGAAGGGUGCUGAAACCAGAGAAAACAUUGGAGGAAUCCCAACAGUUUCAUGAAAGGGCUGUAGGCGUGAAAAAGGACAGUAAGAAAUGGUUCAAAGGCGCUCUUAAGAAUGAACAACAAAUUGACUCCCAGGCUGUAUCAUCUAUACCACCACCAAAGACCCAGGAAGGUUUUGACAGUUAUGGGGCUGACGCCCUAAACCCCAACAACUCCAAUGGACUAACUGUUCUCAUGGUCAAAAAUAAAAUCUCUAUUCCACCUAACUGUACUACAAAAGUAAUGGGCUUCAAGAUGGUUGACGGUAAAAAGCAUUUAGUUCUCAAAGUUAUACCAACAGCAAAGCCAGAGUUCUCUGCAGAAAAUGACAUUUUAUCUACAGAGCAAGAAGUGGACUGCCCAAUGAUAGGCACUACCUCUGAUGGAAGUAAAUGCUCAGACACGGCUGAAAAUGGGGAAAAUACUAGCUCCCCUUACUUGGCUGUUCUAAGCCCCUCAGGGACUGAAAGCGAUGCUGCAAUUUCAGUACAAGUGAAGCCAGAGGAAGAGGACGUUAGCAUUGAGGAGACAUUGCCCAAACUGGAGAAACUAGCACAGAAAGCAAAACACACAGUGGAGCAGAGGAUUGAUAAACAACAUACGUUUAAGGGUGACCAGAUUCCUUCCUUGGCAGGUUAUCCAAUGACUAAAGAGUCAGAUCACUCCACGAUUGAGAACGGUAAACUGAGUAACAAUACAGCAGACAAAAUGUCUGCUUAUUCAAGCCCUAAUGUGACUGCUGUGGAGCUCCUUCCAGCCAAAAUACUCACACAUAAUACCAUGCCUUCUGAAUCAGAUUAUGAGACCAUGCUUCCCGAACCAGUUUCUGAAGAGACAAUCAACAUGCUUGGAGUUGGUGACAUGAGUACAGCUACUGCUGAUAAGAUCAGUGACCCCAUCAAUGGAAAUUCGUCUCGGCCCAAAGGAGAGACGUUACCUUCCAACGACAAACCUAAGACUCCCUCAGAACCCAUGACUGGUGACAUCCAACCUUCUAAUGAUACUGCUGAGAAGACUCAUUCAGUUAUCAAGGAGAUGGAUCCUUCUGAUUCUACGUCCGAUAAGAUUCAUUCCAGUGUGGCUGCUAAAACUGAAACUUUAUCGCCAGAUCUGACGGCCCAACUGGAGUCACACCCAGCUGAAUUUGUCGACUCCAGAGAGACUGAUAUUAAUGCUGAAGAUAAGAAUUCUCCUAACCAAGAGUUGUUUAGUUUUCAUAAUUACUCAAAGGAAACAUCAAGCAUUUCCUCCAACUCAACACAACCGUGUAAAAAUCCAUCAGAGCUUUCGACAGAGGAUGAAAGUGUUUGGAUGAAAGAAUGGAGUUUGACAUUGGCUGCAUCCCCACAACCUCCAGAUGAGGGGUCUGGAAAUGGAGAAGCGGAGACAGGGAAUGUAAUGGAAAGCGUGUCAGACCGUGGCGUUGAGGUCGAUGAGUGCAUAGCUACUGUAGAGGAUCUGGCCACCCCAGUGGAAACUGAGAAUGCAAAUCAUGGACACUCUGGGUCUACACACCAAGUCCAACCUACUGUAAAAAUGGAGGAGUGUGUUCCUUUGUUGGAAAGGGCAACAGGGAGCAUAAGUAGUUUGGCUGUCUUGGGUCGCAUACUGGAGGAGCAUUCGGAUGCUAUCAUUAGCCACCAGCUUGAAAAAGAUAGGAUAGGCUGCUCAGCUGCCAGCCACGAUUCUGUCAAGCCACCUACGACUAUGCUAAGGAUCCUUAAAACAGCAGAGGGAAAGCAGCAGAUGUUGUUACAGACUGCAAAGAACCGGUAUGCUGUACCUGUGCAGCUCCAAGGCAACCCAGGGUUCAAGCUGAUAACCAAAUCUACUCCUCAUAUCAAUGUGUCCUAUGUUAAGCCAGGAAUUGAAAGACAGAAUAAAACCACAGGACUGGCACUCACCCUCAAUGGAGGAAGUUUCAGCAUUCUAGGACAGACUGUAGGUGCUAGUGAAAAAGGUGGUAUGCUGUUGUCUACUGUUCAGCCUGGAUCUAGCACUAGUGCAAGCCACUACCUAGUCAACAGCACAGCUCUUAAAGGUCCUCUUGUCUUGUCAGGUGCAGCACAUAGUUCUACUGGAGAAAAUAACAUUAAGUCACCGCAGACUUGUUACUUAGUCCAGAGGCCAGUCCCUGUAGGUCAGGCCCCCCACAAUGCUGGUAGCAAAUUGGCACGCUUAAGCUCUCAGUCUCCACUUUUGUCCCGUCCAGUUCUGGCAAUGUCUGCAAACUCAGUGAACAGAUCCACUGCAUUGCACACUGGGCAACAAGCCUUCUUGGUUAGGUAUAUCUCUACCGCUAAGUCAGGGAUUCUUAUGAAUAGUCCUGAUGGGAAGUCUGUGAACCAGAAAGGUCAACCUAAUGAAAGUAGGGGAAAUAAAGUUGUAUAUAAGAUAGUCAGAACUGCCAAUGGUAGCGCGUUCCUUUCUGGUGGUGCACAUUCCUCAGCCAACAAGCCCAUUUAUCUGGCCACAAAUUCCACACAGAUGCCAUGUUUUCUGAUGUCAUCAAAUAAAGGCUCAUCCGGAGUGAAAAAACUGAUAUCCAUACAAAAUGCCUCCCACAACCCUGUCACGGCCUCACAGCUCUCAAAUCUUCUUUCCCCCCAAUCCAAAUUGCAAGGUAGGGUCAGGCAGAUAAGGGACGUAGGUCUGAAUAAAUCCCGCCUUGACCCAAGGCCAGGUCGCCAGCUAAGUCAAAGGAAGAGGCGCAGGAAAGCAUUGUGUGAUGAACUCCCAGAGCACUUGACUAAAGCGAGGAGGCUCUCGAACAAGGCGGUAACUGAAAAAGGGUCUCCCUUGCUCUGGGAGCCUGUACCCAAAGAUGCAGAGAGGACACUGAGACUGUAUCCAUUAAGUUCACUACAAGAGAUUAAGUGCCCUCGCCGAAAUCAGCCGGUAGUUGUUCUCAACCAUCCUGAUACAGACAUUCCUGAAGUGGCCAGUAUCAUGAGGUCCGUCAACAGGUACAAAGGUGCUGUUUCCAAGGUGGUACUGUCUCAAAACACAGUUCAAGCUCUGGCUGAACUCUGCCCAGCUGGACUUCUGGGGAAAAGCUCCAAGGCUAAAUGUCCCUCGUCACAAAGCCGUGGCUCCAGACUUAAGACUUCAAAAAGCAGAGUCCGAGAGCGAUUUCUGUUGAAACUGAAGUUUAGAAAGUCUAGCAGGAAAAAGUAUGAGGUGGUGAAGUCCUCAUUUAGAGGUACAGAGAGGUCAUCAAUGUUCGCCUGCUGGUUUUGUGGUCGACUCUUCAAGAAUCAAGAGGAGUGGAUUGGCCACGGCCAGCGGCAUCUCAUGGAGGCGACCAGAGACUGGAAUAAGCUGUUUUAAAGCUGUUACAAAGCCCCUGGAUUGGCCCACAUACCGUCCUAUAGAGUGGAACAAAUGGAGAGGUUAAAGCAUUUUAAAAAUUACUUAUCAGUAUACUUUAUUCUUAUAACGGUGUAUAUUCCCAGAAAUGCCCUAAUAGCUAUGAUUGAAACACGGUUUUUGAGGUUGUUGAUGUGUGGUGUAAGCUGAAACGCAUACCAGUCGAGUUUGGACACACCUACUCAUUUAAGGGUUUUUCUUUAUUUGUACUAUUUUCUAAAUUGUACAAUAAUAGGGAAGAGAUCAAAACGAUGAAAAAACACAUGGAAUAAUGUAGUAACCAAAAAUGUGUUAAAAUAAAUCAAAAUAUAUUUUAUAUUUGAGAUUCUUCAAAGUAGCCACCCUUUGGCUUGAUGAUAGCUUUGCUCUCUCUUGGCAUUCUCUCAACCAGCUUAACCUGAAAUGCUUUUUCCAACAGUCUUUAAGGACUUCCCACAUAGGCUGAGCACUUGUUGGCUGCUUUUCAUUCACUAUGUGGUCCAACUCAGCACAAAUUAUCUCAAUAGGAGGCCAGGUCAUCUGAUGCAGCACUCCAUCCUUCUUGGUCAAAUAGACCUUACACAGGAGGAGGUGUGUUUGUUUGUUGAAAAACAAAUGAUAGUCCCACUAAGCGCAAACCAUGCUGGUUUUGUGCCUUGAAUUCUAAAUAAAUCACUGACAGUGUCACCAGCAAAGCGCCGUCACACCACCUCCUCCAUGCUUCACGGUGGGAACCCCACAUGUGGACAUCAUCCGUUCACCUGCUCUGCGUCUCACAAAGACACGGCAGUUGGAACCAAUCAUCUCAAAUUUGGACUCAUCAGACUAUGGACAGAUUUCCCCCAGUCCAUUACUUGUGUUUCUUAAAAGAUUAAAUUGUUGUUAAUCCAGCCGCUUUGUCAGAUUUAAAAAAGGCUUUACGGCAAAAGCAUACCAUGCCAUUAUCUGAGGACAGCGCCCAGCAUACAAAAGCAUUAAAACAUUUUCCAAACCAGCAGAGCGUCACGAAAGUCAUAAAUAUCGAUAAAAUAAACAAUUUACCUUUUGAAGAUCUUCCUCUGUUUGCAAUGCCAAGGGACCAUAACAAAUGGUCAUUUUGUUUGAAAAAGUCAGUUUAGGUGGCGCUCUUGAUUCAGUAAUCCACCUGUUUCACUCUUUCAAAAUGCAUACAAAGGAAUCCCAAAAGUUACCAAUAAACUUCAUCCAAACAAGUCAAACAAAGUUUCUAAUCAGUCCUCCGGUACCCUAAUAUUUAAAUAAACAAUACAAUUUAAGAUGGAGAAUAGUGUGUUCAAUACCGGAGAUAAAUAAUGAAGUGCGUGCCCUCAUCCACACGCGCCACAACACUACAGUCAAAAUGAGAGCCACCUUGAAAAACUACAAAUUCUAGCUAAUUUAAAUUUAAAAAACAAGCCUGAAACCCUUUCUAAAGACUUGACAUCUAGUGGAAGCCAUAGGAACUGCAAUCUGGGAGGAUUUCCUUUGAGUUUCCCAUAAACAAGCAUUUUCAAUGGGUGGUGACCUAAAAAAAGAAUUCCAGAUGGAUUUUCCUUGGGUUUUCGCCUGCCAUAUCAGUUCUGUUAUACUCAGACAUUAUUUUAACAGUUUUAGAAACUUCAGAUUGUCUAUCCAAUACUACCAAUUAUAUGCAUAUCCUAGCUUCUGGACCUGAGUAACGGGCAGUUUACUUUCGGCACGUCAGUCAUCCAAACUUCCGAAUGCUGCCCCCUAGCCCUAAGGGAAGGAAUUAACUUAAGGCUGUUAAUUGAAAUGCAUUCCAUGUGAAUACCUCAUGAAGCUGGUUGGGAGAAUGCCAAGAGUAUGCAAAGCUGUCAUCAAGGCAAACGUUGACUACUUUGAAGAAUCUCAAAUAUGAAAUGCAUAUAUAUAUA